AUGUACCGACAUGCCCAAAAGUCUUCCAGGCCUUUAGUUGCUAACCUGAAUGAGAUCGCGAUCACAAAAAGCCCAUCAUUGCCUACACCCUCACUGCCUACAGUUCCUUCAAUUUCAUGCUCAGAUGACAGACACUAUUUCUACUUGAAGGACGUAGACUCAAUCGUUUUUUCGGCCACGCAAACGGUGUGCCCAUUCUCCUCCAAGGUCAAACCGGAUUUCAUGCAUGAAGAUUCUGACCCCGAAGAAAUAUUCAAAUUGCAAUUCAUCCUGUCUCGCUAUAUACAGGUCGCAGCUACCCCAGACAACUCAGAGCUGAAAUACACAGGCACGCUCUUCCAGCGCCUCGCUACCAUCCAGAGAGUGCCUUCUGGGACAUCCUACGCACUUUCUUCUGAACAAAAAUCAAGCUGA